AUGGAAAAGUUGUUCGUGUACGCAUCAAAUGAAAAAGUUAUGGAACGUGAUUAUACUGCAAAGACACUGGAGCCACCUGCCGGGUUAGAAGAGUCUCCAAGCGCUCGUCAUCCUUGGAAGUAUGACGCACAGCUACCCUUGAGACCGAUGAUUCACGGCCAAGAUCUCAUUACGCAGCGUAAUCUGACUCUCAUUUCCAAAGAUACAUUUAAUUAG